AUGUCGACUACCAUACCGGACUUUUGGCGAAAGGCCUGGGAUGCUGCCCAACCACGACUAGAUGCUUUGAGACAGUCACCUACUAGGUCGCCUUUACCUAGACCGCUUAGAGUAGGACAACUUGAUUCGGAACAGCUGGACAGCGAACUGCUCAUCAUCCUAAAGGAGCCUCUUACAAAAGGGUUGGAUAUUUUAAAGUCAGCCUCGGGGGCUAAUCAUGAACCCGAAAUAUCCCUCGUGUUAAGGGCUCUCCUCUACUACUUUUCCGUAUGGAAUACGGGAGCAACGUAUGGCGCAAAGCUCCAAAAUCUCAAAUAUCAGGUUUCGCCAAAGGCUUGGUCCAGCAGUGGCAGCAGAGCACCAUCUGGUUUGCCUCGUCGGUUGCUCUUGUCACACGCUGGCCUAACAGUUUUGCUUCCGUACUUUCACACAAGAUUAAGGUCGCAUGCGCUUUCGAACGCAUGGCCAGAUGCUCCGUCCUCAGAUAAAAGGCGAAGAGCGUGGGAAGCUCUCAGUCAUGUAGAAUCCUUGCAUGGGGUAUUAAGCCUGGCAAGUUUUAUCAUUUUCUUGUGGAAAGGAAGAUACCGGACGUUGGCGGAUAGGUUAUUUGGGCUUCGACUCGAGCCAAUAAAGCGUCAGCUUUCUCGCAGCGUCAACUAUGAUUUCAUGAACCGGCAAAUGGUCUGGCACGCAUUUACAGAAUUUCUAUUGUUCUUGUUGCCAUUGAUCGACACCAAGAAUCUCAAGCGCCGUUUGCUACAUGCGUCUGCGAACUUACAGCCCCUUUCUCUCCCCGCUAUAGAGAAAGAACUUCGUGGUCCAUAUUGGUCGCUCUCUACUUCUGAGUGUGCGAUAUGCACCGAGGAAGCCGCUACAACCGUAGCGCAUAUGAUUGCACCUGACGCAUCUGAACGCAGACAAGAAUUAGCCGCUUCUGAGAAAUGGAUGCCCGAGGCUGCGCCUACACACCCACUCAAUACACCCUAUAUCACAUCAUGUGGGCAUGUAUAUUGCUACGUGUGCGUUGCUGAUAGGAUGCUACGAGCUGCUGACGAUGGAGGUGAACUCUGGGAAUGCCUCCGAUGCACGGCCCCGGUACUGCGAAUUCAUCGAGCUGACAGUGACACACCCGGUUUCGAUGACCCACGAUCACGAACUAUAGCCAGCGAGAGUUUCGACAUGGAUGGGAGCUCAUUGAUUGAUUUUGAUUCGGAUGCAAUAUCAUCGACCAGUCCACUGUCGGAUAGCGAUUGA